CUACGGAGUCUAAUAUCUUGCCCACGAUUAUGCAAGAGAACCCCAACCUUGUUUUAUGCAAUUACAUUGGUUAACUUCGGAGCGUAUUUAUUAAAAGACGUGCAAGUACAAACAUGGAUGAUUGCAGUGUAGAGAGAUCUUAGAUUAAAUUGCCGCUUUAGUUACGUAAUCUAGACGAAAAAGAUAUUCUUACCGCGAAAGUUUGAUGAGGGAUUUUAAGAGGUGCUGGUAAAACAAUACACAAAUACAGAAACUUUCUAUCGUCUGGCUCUUCAAAGCAGCCAAUUACAAUUGCGUCUGAUUGAAAUGAUGAAACUAAACUUUACCUACAUCGGCAUCUUAAGAGCUGUCCAAAAUGACUUGUUUGGUACUGUGCAUACAUCGAAGAAAAUGUUCUUUAUAAAAGCUGCUGUCGAACCUCCAACAAAAUGUAAACAAUACAUAACUGCUCCAAUCAAUGGAAUAAUUCUUGCAAAGUUAUUUCCGAUUGUUCUAUCAGAAUAAAUGCAACAGUGGCAGUGUGAUUUUGGGUGCCUUAAUUAAAUUCUUCCAUUGUUUAGCUCACCGAAUGGCACGUGAAAACGGUUAAUUGUUUCCGAAAUGAUUCAUUAGAAUUAUUUUUCGUAACUCUUAGAAGAUCUCGUUACCAUGGCAACUAGAUUAUUUGCGAUUCGGAAUUAAAUAUUUCCUAGAUAGCUAGAAUUGGUAAAAACAUCCUAUGAACCCCCGCCUCUACCCCUCCUCCCUUUGU